GGAAAGCUGAAGUCUCAAGGUGGCAUACGCAAGCCUGCCGCUUCUUCCGAAGCUACUCACGCCGGGCCUCUCCUUCGCAAGCUUGUAGUGACAUGUCGUACACCACCCUCUAUUAGAGGUCCGGUGCUCUGUGAGGGUAGGGGUUUGACCUGCGCAACGCUAUGGUCUAUGACGUAUAUAUGUCUACUCUCCGGAGAGUAGACAUAUAUACGUCAUAGACCAUAGGCGCACGUGUUGGGCAUAGAGGGGAUACACAGAUGCACACCGACACUCACAUACCUACCAUUCCUGUUUCUUGUUCCUUUCUGAGAACCUCCCACAUGUGCCUCUCUCCCAGCCGCUCUGUCUGUCGUCCUUUGCAAUAAAAACUUACACAGCCAAACGCGGGGAUGGCUAGUCGCGACAUGGAUAUCCUUGUUGUGGGUGCUUCUGGGUUUACUGGGGCUCAUGUGUGCAAGCGGCUGGCUCGCAGCGUCGCGGAUGGGAGCUGGGCUGGGGUGUCUUGGGGAAUCGCCGGGCGAUCCAGGACUAAGCUGGAAGAUAAGGUGCUAGCUCCCCUGCGCGCCGAGGGACUGGCCGUGCCUAGCGAGGAGAGCAUCGCCGUCGUCGACAACUCGGACGCGGCGGCGCUGAGGAAGGCCGUGGGCCGCGCGCGCCUCUGCCUCAACUGCACGGGCCCCUACCGUUUCUUGGGGGAGGCUGUUGUCAGCGCCUGCGUGGACUCCGGGACGGACUACAUCGACCUGUGUGGAGAGCCGGAGUUCAUGCAGCGGAUGACCCUUAUGUUCCACGAGGCGGCCGAGGCCAAGGGCGUUCUCAUCAUGCACGCCUGCGCGUUCGAUUCCGUCCCCGCGGACCUCGGGUGCCUUUUCGCCGCCAAGCAGUUCGUGAGCCCUGCCGUGUGCUCCUCUGUGUCCUCGUUCGUCACCUUCAAUGUCGGGCCGUCUGGGUACUCCGGCCACGCCACGACAUUUGAGGCGGCCGUGCACGGGUUCGGUUCCGCCGCAGAUCUGAGGAAGGUCCGGAAGGAGGUGCAGGCCAAGUUUCCUCCCUCGAAGAUUCCUCGUGUGGGGGCCCGUCCGGUGGAGAGAGGCGGCCCCUUCUACGAGCAGACGCCGGGGAUAGAGGCGUACUGCUUCAAGUUCCCGGGGGCAGACUCAGCGGUCGUGAGGUCCACGCAGAACUCCCUGGCCGGCAGAGGGGAGGGGGCCGGACUGUGCCCGUACUACUCAGCAUACUUCACGGCCGGACAGUUGUGGGGGGCCACGCAGAUGACUCUCUUCGGAGGGGUGUUUCAGACGCUCGCAAAGAGCGGGUGGGGUAGGAACCUGCUCCUGAACAACGUCGGGGCGUUCAGCAGGGGACUCUUCUCGCACGAGGGGCCCACCGAAGAGCAGAUGAACGAGGCGAGUUACACAACGUCCUUCGAGAUGACCUUCUUGGCCAAGGGGUACUCUACGCCCCCAACUACUGCGGAGCCCUCCGCCACGUCCGCCGCCGGCGUCGACCCCGGCGUGGUAGAAGCUGCCGCGGCGGCGGCUGCAGCAGCACCGCCCGCGGGAGAACCAGACGUGACCGUGGUUACCAGGGUGAAGGGUCCAGAACCAGGUUACGUGGCAACCCCGAUAAUUUUUUUGGCCGUGGCCCGCUGUCUUCUGGAGGAGAGAUCGUCGUUGCCAGUCAGCGGGGGAGUCCAUACCCCGGGCUCGGUGUUGUUGAACUCCUCCCUUGUGGACCGGCUGGGGAAAGAAGGUGUUACCUUCGAGGUAGUGGGCUAGGGUAGAGGCGGGUUGCAGUAGUUUUGUGACUGGUGUGUGGUUUUCUCAAUAGGUUAGUGCAUGUAUAAGAAGGAGCUUUGAGAAGAAAACGCUAAUACUUGGUCACGUUCAUUCGACGCCGGGAGGGGUCAGGCCCAAAAGGGGGUUUGUGAACCUCCUGGCCAUUACCGAACAUCGGCGAAAAAGCGCAGGAGGGCUCGGCGCUCGAAGGUAUCAUGGAAGGCUUUCGUAUCGGUUGAUUUGUCCCCUGUGCGUCGUGCUGCACCACUGGGUAGUGGACCGCGUAACGUUCCCAGUCCGGGGGGGGG